GGUAUUAGCUCUCCGAAAGCAGGACUUAAGCUCAAAGGUUUUAAGAGCAAACAACCUGCUUUUCACUGUGCUAACCUGACAGCCACAGACCACCUGCAACAUGAGAGCGCUCAAUUUCUUCAUGCUGCUGGGCCUGGGCCUCUUCCUCCUCGCUGCUCACAGUGAGGCGCUGAAGUGUUACACCUGCAUGGGCUCUACAGAUGAAGACUGUAAUCGCCAGGGCUCCAAAACAUGUCCGAGCUACUCAGAUGCAUGUGCUGUUGUCCGUGGACAUGGCAGUGGCGUAAUGAAGUCGUGCUCAUACAAAUCCUUCUGCAGCCAGGCUAACAGCCAGGGCUACAGAGCUCCAGGGGUCAAAGUUCACUGCUGCUACUCUGAUGACUGCAAUGUGACAGGACACGCCACCAGAAUCAGCCCAGGCUUCAGCUUCCUCCUGGGCCUUCUGUUAUUCGUCUGGCAUCUGCUGUCAAACUAAUGCUAUAGACAAACUGACCUGGCUAUUAAAGACCAUUACCAUUGUGGAACUUGGCGGAACUCUGUAUACUCUGUGAUUGUUCACAUACAUUCCGAUAAAAUACAACACUGCAAAUGUCAGCAAGUGUACUGCCAUGGGAUUGUGCAUGCAAUGCAUAUUAGGUUAAUAAAGCACACACACACACAUACAGAACCUCUCAUACACAGAUUUUGUCACAUUUCUACUCUGCAUAAAGCAAAUGUAUUUAUUAUCGUUUCAGACUUUCUAGGAAUUCAAAAAGCUAAAAGCCUUUCUAUUCUGUAGGUCAAAUGAACCUAAAUGAAUUCUAUUAAUGUGAUAGUUCACACAAAAAUGAAACUCCUAUUGUCAUCAUUUACUCACCCUCAUGUCAUUCUUAACGCACAAAAGAAGUUAUCUAGCACAAAGUUAGCUGCUUUUUUUGUCAAUAGCUAUCCUUGGUAAAGAUCUAUUUUCAUUGUAAUGUAAGCAUAUUUUUGGGUGAAAUAUCUAUUUAAAAGCCAUUUUGUUGUAAUGAACAAAGAGUUUGGUAUAAUGAAGAAAGGGAUGUUUUAAGAUAAGCCUCAAAUAUGCUGUAAAUGAAUGUGUAGUUUAAUUUUCAUGCCUUUACAUGGAAAUGAACAUGAAGAUAACACUCUCUGGCUUGUUUGGCUUUUGUGCUUGAUUGUAAAUAAACACUGCUUUUU